CGGCGUCUCUUCUCACGUGCGCGCCGCUGUCAAUCAAUCCAGCGCGUCACGGGCUCAUUCACAGGUGAUAUCUAUUAGCGGCGCCGCGUCCACCAUCAAACCGUUUCCUUCCUGUGGGAGGUUCUGCGUGUGCGUGUGCGGCGGGUUUUGAGGAGCUGCAGGUCGCUUUGCAGAUGCUAUGUUUGAGCAGUAAGCAUGGCGGAAAAUCAUCUGGAGUACGGCUACCUGGAGGGCGAGUCCAUCGGUGCGCAUUUCGCCGAGGACCCGGAGCUGGCGGCCAUCAAGGCCAGAGUUCAGGAGAUGGAGAUGGAGGAAGAGUCGGAGAGAAUGAGGCAAGAGGAGGAGAGGUUUGACGCGGUGGACAUGCAGCUCCUGAACAGCAGCCCCCGGCUUGGUGAGACCACAAGACCCUUCUACAAUAUGACCCCUGAAGAAAGGAUUGACGCAGACAACAGAUCUGUCUAUGUGGGAAACGUAGACUAUGGCGCGACUGCAGAUGAGUUGGAGAUCCAUUUCAACGGCUGUGGACCUGUCAACAGAGUAACCAUCCUGUGUGACCGCUUCUCCGGCCAUCCCAAGGGAUUUGCCUACAUUGAGUUCUCUGAUCCGGACUCUGUGCACAGUGCUAUGGGUCUGCAUGAGACCAUGUUCAGAGGAAGAGUCCUCAAGGUAAUGCCCAAGAGGACCAACAUGCCAGGUAUCAGUACAACGGACCGGGGCGGACACAGAGGUGGCCAACCCAGAGGCAGAGGCCGCGGGUACCGUCCGCCUCGAUACCAGAACAGCUCUCGAGGUAGGUUCCGGUACCAGUCCGUCAGGCCACAGCACCAAACGCCCCACCCUUACUACGGCGGUCCGCCUGUGGGGAAGAGGCCGUGGGGACACAUGGACUACCAGGAUCAGAUGCCCAAACGUUACCCGUGUCUUCUUCUCAUCACCCCACCGUCGGAGGAGCUGGGGGCGGGAGCUAGUGGACAGCACUACCCUCAACAGCGCUAGCACUGCCCACAGAGUACAUGCUAAAGUGGGCGGAUGGAGCUGAUCAUUUUAAAGAAAUGUUUACAGGUGUUUCUGAGUUGUGCAUCCUGUGAGAUGCCAGAAUGGACAGAAGAGAUGACUUUCUAAGUUGCAUCAGUGCUUUAAGAGAUGUGAAGGAGGAAGACGUUGGCCAGAGGUGUUGCGUUAGCUUAUGUUGCUGUGAAUGCAUGGGACAAUCCUGAAAUUGUUAUGCAGUUGCAUCUCUUACUGUUUUUACAAACUGAUGCGAAUGUAUUGUGUUGCUGCCUACAAUGUCUUGUAUAAAUCCUCCCUAUGUAUAACUUAUAAGUUCUUUGCUAUGUAAGUGAAUAAAUAAAAAAAUAAUGAUUUGCUGA